AUGGUGUCAACAACAGUACCAGCAAAGAACAAAGCGGCUCGACCACAACCCAAUGGCAAGGUGCCCGCCAAAGCCCCAAAGAAAAAAGAUCUCGUCAACAGCAAACCAACAAAAAAGGCAGCACCAUCGCGAUUGUCACAGCAUGAAUCGUUAGUGGUUACCAAGCGAACAGGUGGCCGAUUCAGUGAGCGUCCUAUCGAGUUUACAAAGGAUUCGAGAUAUUUGUUUGCAUGCAUUGGUUCCUCGGUCAAGAUUUGCAGUGUAGCUACUGGCUCAGCUGUCAAGAUGCUAUCGAAGGCUGGUUCACCCGAUGCUCACACUGAUCAAAUCACUCGUGUCUUCCUCAACCCACGCAAUCCAUUGCAACUGUAUACCGCUAGUUUGGAUGGUACGAUCAAGCUCUGGGACUACAAUGACGAUGUGCUUUUGAAGACGAUUCGUAUCAACAAGCCUGUUCAAGAUAUGGCAUUUGGCUCCGAUGAACCCGAUUUCAUGUAUAUUAUUGCUGAUAAGAAAUCCGAGGAUAAGAAGCAGAGCCAGCUAUUCCGUUAUUAUCUUGGAUCGGAUGAGACGUUAGCAAAGAAGCGCCGUCAGCAUGUGAUGGAUGUUCAAAAGUUCAAGGAUCUUGAUGUCUCUAAGGAUGGGCAAUACGUUGCUGUGGCUGCUGGUUCUUCGGUGCACGUUUGGGAUGUGAACGGCAAUAAUGGAUCAGAACAUCAGAUUUACAGAUGGGAUUUUUCACCUGUGACCAAAGUGCGAUUCAAUCCUACUGCUGCAUGCUUGGCUGUUGGUGAUGUUGCUGGACGAAUCAUUCUCAACCAUUACACGCCUCAAACGAUGCGUAAGCCUCGUACGACAACUCAUCACUGGCACAGCAACGCCGUCACUGCACUCGAAUUCAUGCAAGAUGGUCUUUAUAUGAUCAGUGGUGGUAGCGAAGCUGUAUUGACGUUUUGGCAAUUGGAUACGGGUCAUAAGCAAUUCAUGCCACGUCUUGGCGGUGAAAUCAUGUCUAUUUCCAUUUCUCCCAAUCACAAGUACUACUGCGUGGGUUUAGCUGACAACUCCAUCCGAUUGAUCAAUGCUAUUUCGCAAAAGAUUGAACAAAUCAUUCAAGGCGUGCAACUUCAUCCCUCUGUGAGAAAUGGCAAUAGCAUUGUGCGCACAGGAUUGGUUGUGGAACCUAGAAACCACUACAUGGUAUUGAAUGGCAUUCGGUCCAGCGUGCAAUUCUUCAACUGCGUGUCGGAUGUACACAUUGCCGAUGUGGAGGUCUCUCCUUCCAGUGCAGUGUGGCGAUCAGGCGAGAAGCGACAUAUACCUUCCGAAGUUGAACAUGUGGCAUUCUUAUCGAGUGGCGAAUGGAUGGCAACCGUGGAUAUGCGUAACGAUAACGUGACAACAAUGGAGCAGCAUCUCAAGUUUUGGCAGUGGGAUCCCAACACACAAGCUUAUGUACUCCACACACGUGUUGACAAGCCUCAUUCAGGAGCUAUUACCUCGCUUACUUUCAACCCAUCGACACGUCAUGGUCCCAUGGCAAUCACGACUUCCAAGGAUAAGACGUUCAAGGUGUGGCAUUUGACAUCACAACUUGGUAGAGCAUAUCAAGAAGGCGAGGUUGCAUGGAAUUGCCGUUCGGUUGGCAUGUAUCGCCAUGAUAUCCCUCAAUCAGCUGCAUUCUCCGCAGAUGGCAGUAUUUUGGCAGUUGCCUUUAAAUCCAUUAUUACCAUCUGGGAUCCUUAUGCCAAUUGCAUUCGUCAAGUCUUGGCUCAGCCUUCUUCUGAACCUAUUUCCACAUUACGUUUCGCUGGCGAUAGUCCUUAUUUGGUGGCCGCAUCUUCUGGAUUUUUCGCUGUAUGGAAUAUGCUCACUUGUACUGUUUGGUGGAGUUACAAGUUGUCUGCAAGCUAUAUUGCCGUAGAUAAACAAUCGUCCAAGAUUGCUAUCGCAUGCAACCAACGCUUGAUGGAUAAGUCGCUUAUUGUCACAUUUGAUGCCAAGUCGGCAGUACCUUUGGCUAUGCACAAGGUGGAUGAAGCAUGUAUAGGCCUUGCAUUCUUGUCUCGUGAUUCGGUGGAAGGUGGAAAGGCACACAGCGACAUUGUGUACUUGACAUGUCAAUCGACAUUCCAUAUUCUCUCUCCCAAGGCAACGGUUGCCAAGGAGACAGCCGAACAGGUAGCCACAUCUUUGGAUACUGCACCCGAAAAGAAGAUGCUCGAUGAUAUGUUUGGUUCGCGUAAGCAACUUCGUCAAGAAUUGGAAGAGGAAGAGCGAUCUCGAGUACAAACGGCAACCAAAUUACGACAACAAGCCAUGCAAAGAGAAUCUGCUGAUACUGCUGCACGGCCACACAAUGAUGAACAAGGUGCAGGAAUGUCUGUAUUGGGUGCACCAAGCCAUGUGUUGCCAAGUGUGGAAUCCGUCUUUGAAUCCUUCAUGGGUGCAUUCAUGGAACUGCGGGUCAGCAAAGAAAAUGUUGAUGAUGGAUUGGAUCGUCGGGUCGAAGACAUGGAUGUGGAUCAAGAGCAACCCGAAUCUCAAGAUGAUGAAGAUGUUUCCCCUUCACAAGAAUCACUUGGUGAAAUCCCAUCAUUAAGCACCUAUUUUACAAGCAUAUCCAAUGCCAAGGAAACCAAUGGAGUAGCAAAAGGCACAGCAGCAAAACAAGACGCAUCACCAUCAUCAUCUGAAAGUGAGGAUUCAGAGGACGAGGACCCAGCUGAUAUUGAGUGGUAG